AUGAAUAUCACCUGUUGCAAGAUCCUACGAGCAAGGUUCCAACCCCAGCCCGACUCAGAAGCACUUGCGAGAUUUGAGACCGUAAUCACGCUUUGCACAAAGUGGCUGGAUGCCAUGGAGAAGCACGGAAGCUGCACCAUCAUCCCCGACACCGGCAAAUGCGUCAUCUGCAAGCUCUCAUUCUCGACGACCCGAGACCGCACAGACGAGAUCGUCCACUGCUGUUUCAGCCGCGCUCACACCCAGUGCUUGGAUACCUCCGCUCCCGACUACAGUCGCAAAGACUUGACCACCACCUGCGGCAACUGUUCGGGGACAUUGACGGAAGAGGUCUAUGGGCGCAUUGAGGAAUAUGCUGAUUUGUGCGUGCCACGGGAGAGUCGAGGAUUGAUCAAGAAUGUCAAUUGGGCGGCACAUCUGCAGAGUAUGGGGUCGGACUUGGGUCGGCUUGCUUCUUGA